AAAGAAGGAAAAGGAAAAUAGAAAAAGAAAAGUGGGAAACCUAGCCUUCAUAAUCUUCUUCUUCCCCUUGCAGCGGCCGGCCACCCCCUUUCUGUUCAUUCUUCUUGGCCGGCGAGCCUCAGACGGCAAAGACCCCUAUGAAUUCACGUUGACACGAGCAGACACCCUCACGUUCAAGGUGUUACUCACGAACCCACUUUCUCUCCGUCACUUCUGGCGAGCCGUGGCGGUGAAACCCACGAGUCAUUUCUGCAAUGGUAACGCGAUUCUCCAUGAAGCUCCAUGGGUUUUAUGGUCGUUGUGUAGCCAAGCCGAUGUGACACCCAUGAGACGAGAACUCACUUUGUACACCUUCUCAUCAAUGUCUCACCGUUUCGACAGGUUUCAGUAUUGACCCACACUUCGAUUGGCUUCAAAUUGUUGUACCCAUAUCGUUUAAGGUCCAGAUCUGCCAAGUUCCACGUUUUUGGACACCCGCCAGCAAGGUUUAGAGCCUCUUCGAUAAGAUUCGAUGAAGGAUCAUGUGAAAGUUUUGAAGAAAGUGAAGUUUGGCGUUCAGGCAUAGGUCAUCAAAAGAUGUUUACAUUAGGAUUUGAUAGUUUGACUCAGGACUUCUUUGUAAUAAGUUGCUUCUGCUGAUUUGUAUUAAUUAAUAGUUCUCAGAUGCUCAUGAAGGAAUGAUUCUGACAAAGCAAUACCGGUGUGUGCAUUCAGCAAGCUGCCAGUGCACCAAGGGGCACCUCAGUGAGGAUGCAAUAUUCCUAGUAUUCCAGCAUUUGAACUGGAACCCGAAGUUGAUUGCUACUCUUUCCUGUGCAUGCAAAUGGUUUGACGAUCUCGCCAAGCGAGUGCUAUGGAAGGAGUUUUGCAGGACCCGAGCUCCAAAAAUGAUGCUGGAUCUGCAGUCUAGUGGGAGUCACAGUGUGGAUGGUAACUGGAGAGCUCUUGGAAAACUUCUUAUUUAUUGCUCGGGAUGUAAGAAGGGUGGUCUGUUCAAUAACAUUCAAAUUCCUGGUCAUUUUGUUUAUAGAACCCGAUUUUCUAGGACAUCGGGCAAGAGUUUUCUUAUGCCACAAUGCAGAACAGAUAUUUUAUAUGUAUCUGAUCCUUGUGAACAUCUCGAUCAAGGGGAAGAGGGGGAUAUUGGUUUCUUCAGGGGUAUUUUUAAGUCAUUUUCAAUGUCAAAGGUUAGGAAAAUGCUGAUAAAGAGAGGAGCAGAGCUUCAUCCGACGGAGGUGUGCCCUUAUUGUAAGGCCAAGCUAUGGAGCAUGCUACAAGCUAAAAUGAUCCCACAAAGUGCUAGCUGUAGAUUGGGUGCUUAUGAGGAUUGUAUCGACUACUAUGUCUGCCUGAAUGGACAUAUGCUUGGUAUUUGCACUCUGUUACCUUUGUCAGAUUCUGAGGAGACAUCCGAGUUGGAGUGAUAGCUAUCAUCCUACAACCCUACAGCUCAGAAAAGGUAACUAAACACAUCUAACGUGUGCAUGUUUCUCUAGAGAAUCUUGAAUCGAUUUCAAAUAUGAGCAACCAAACUGUUCUCAAGCUUUUGAGUCAAAUACAUCUUGUUUAAAUAUUUGUUGUGUUUUUCCUUCUGCAAUCAUGCUGAAGCAAGUGUUGUAAUUAUAUGGUUAUUAUGAUUUGAGUUUGCAUAUAUUCUUUAGAUUUGUUGAAUCCCAACCAACAAUAACCAGAGUAUGUAGUGGCAAAACUACUUCUAGUUACCUCCUAUUGGUUUUCAACUGGAGGAACUUGGGAAUUUUAUCUGAUCUAUGGAAUGGUUUCUUUUACAAGCCUCUGGUGUCUUUUACGUGCACCAGAAGGAAGAAAGGAAACCAGGGGAGUUGAAUUAUGUUAGGAAUCAAGGUAGUGUGAAAUGUCUUUGUCCCACAUUCUAGCCAAUGAGAUGACUAAUGUGGUAUUUGAGUAUCUUGGCUCUCCAAUGUGCUUAAGUACUGAACAAUUUUAUCAAAUCUAGUUGUCGACAUUGUGUAGUGGAACCGCUGGAGGGUUCUAAUCGGGUGUGGCUGAGUGAAAUAUUGCUUCAUAGGACGUCGGCUUUUUGAGGAUGGGGUAUUGUUAGGAACCAAGGUAGUAUGGGAUCCCUUUGUUCCAUAUUGGUUAGAAUGGGAACCAUCAUGAGUUGACUUAGUGGUAAAAGACGAGACAUAUCUCAAUAACUAAUUAAGAGUUCAUGGAUUCAAUCUAGGGUGACCACCUAUCUUGGAAUUAAUUUCCUACAAGUUACCUUGACACCCAAAUGUUGUUUGGUUAGGCAAGUUAUUUCGUGAGAUUAAUCGGGUGCGCAUAAGCUGGUCUGGACAGUCACAAGUAUUGGAAAAAAAUAUUGGUUAGAAUGGGAUGACCAAUAUGGUAUUUAAGUUGUUGGCUCUUCCACCCCAAAUAGCUUUUGGGGUGGAAUUUUCCAAGGUGCUUAAGUACCUAAUAGAUUAGUACCUAAGAAGGUGUGAUACUAUUUUUGGGUCUUUGGUGCAAGUGAGAAUGCACAGGAGAUGGCUUGUUGUUGGUGCUGCCACGGUGAAAUUGCAAAUAGAAGACCCAGGGGGAUGGGGAUGCGCCAAGGGGUUUAUACAAGUUUCUUUGCACUAAAUUGUAGUCGAAGUUUUUGCAUUUUCCAUUCUCUAUACCCUUCGUUUUCUUUUUUUUUUAAAAAAAUUAUUUAUGGGAACUAUUGCAUCUGAGAAGUCGUUGUUCUUGAACAGGUUGAUAAAAAUGCCUGGAAAAUCACUAUUUGAUCUCACGUAAAUUGCAUGAAUUUUGCGUCAAGUGCUUUCAACUUCUGUUUCAUGGAAUCAAAGAAACCAAUCCCAUCUCGUUUUCAUCUGCAAUCUGCAGCUUUAGCAUUCUGGACAAUUUUUUCACGGGUGAAGUCUUGGGACAAGAUUUUUGUCAAAAGGGAAAAAACAAAAACAUCCUUUUUACCUCAAAAGGUUGUGUGUGAACCAUGUCUUUUUCAUGUAAAUUAACCUUGAUUCUAUACUUGAUAUUGUUGGGAUGAUUAUGUACCCGUCUUAUAAGGCAACGGAUUGCUUCAUAUUUUCUAAACA